AGUAAGAUUCAGUAUAGUAAUCGAUAGUAAAACACUGUUGUUAUCACUGCGAACGUUGAAUCGAAUUCUGGAAUCGAACCUGACCUAAGGGCAAUAUGCGCUUCAUCCUAAUUGCCAUACUAUCGGUGGCUCUGUUUGCCAUCGUUUUCGGUAGACCACAUUGUUGCGACGAGAAUAAGGUUUUCAAUCAGUGCGGAACGGCUUGUCCGGAGAUGUGCGAAACGCUGGAACACGAGGAACCCGAACCGUGUCCGGAGAUUUGUGUGUCCGGAUGUUUCUGUCGCGAAGGUUACGUUCUGGAUUCGGACGAAAAAUGCGUACUGCCGGAGGACUGCCCGAACAAUGCCACUACCUAUGCUUAUUAGGAGGACUCUUCUGAAGUGUAGAAGUUGAAGUUUAAAUCUAGUACAUUUAUUUGAUAUUGUGUGUCUCUUCUUCUUUUCGUUUUAAAUACUAGUUUAUUUGUGUAUAUGUCUUAUAAACUAUUAAAUUUAUUCAUUAUUCUUUUUAUUUGUAAACUUCUGCGUGUGCUCAAGUAUUUUUAGUUUUACUGUUUUAAUAAAAUUAAAAGUAUUGUAGUUCUACCUGAA